AUGACAUCCAACAAUCAAAGAGACCAUGGCCUCAUUGCCGAUGGCGAGGAGACUCGUCAGCUUGUUCCCGAGCUGCUGGCCAAGCUUGGACGCACCAGAGAUGCCUCAUCGUCCGUGAGACACUCAACUCACUCACUACCCUAUCUGGAUCCCAACAGAUGCCCUCUCUUCCCAGAGCCCGCGACCAUCCGCGUCGUCAAUGAAGACACGCUCAACGCCGCCCUGCGCAUGUCCGAGGAGGCCUGGGACGACGACAACGCCAACGCCAACGCCUGCUCCGAGGACGACCCGCGCCCAAUCCAGCGCCUGCACCCGCUGAUCGUCAACUUCGCCAACGGCGAGAAGCCAUGCGGCGGCUGGCUCAACGGCAAGCUGGCCCAGGAGGAGGCCAUCUGCUACCGCAGCUCGCUCUACAAGAGCCUUACCUCGCGCGACUACCCCCUCAGCUGGGACAACGUCAUCUACAGCCCCUACGUGCUCGUCCUCCGCCAGAGCCUCGCGGAUGGCCACCGGCUGUACAAGUUCCCGCCCGACCUGCUCCCCCACGUCAGCUGCUUGACGGUGGCGGCGAUUCGCAACCCGCGGACGCACACGUUCGUCCUGGACGGCGAGCGCAGCCAGGGCCGGCCGCGCGAGAAGCACAUCUUCGCCAGCGACAAGGACCGCAGCAUCACCAAGGCCAAGAUGAGGCUGACGCUGCGGGCGGCGGCGCGGCACGGGCAGCAGUCGCUGGUGCUGGGGGCGCUGGGGUGUGGUGUGUACGGGAACCCGGCCGAGGAGGUGGCCCACUGCUGGCUCGAGGUGCUACGGGAGAACGAGUUUGCGGGCAACUGGUGGAAGAGGGUAUGGUUUGCCGUCUACGACCCCAAGCAGGAUGGGAACUUUGACACAUUUCACCGGGUGCUGCAUGGCCAGCAGGUGUAG